AUGAGCAGAAUUCCACCGUCGCUGCUCUAUCUGACUAUAUACAACCCUACCCUCAAGCCUGCACAACUAGAGCCAGAUGAUGAGGAUGCCGAGGAGCAGGCGCAUAUUCUGUUCUACACGGCUCGGGAGCACGCCGUCUCACGGGACCGGAUUCUGAGGCAGGUCGGCCUCGCGAAGGCUCUUGUGAACUUCUCAGAAAUGUUCAGUGCCGGCGUGCCUUGCGAGAGCGUACAUUCGCAAGCUCGGCGAAUGGUCAUGUUCUCUCCGGAACCUAAUUUCUGGAUGCAUGCUUGCUACGAAGUCGCCAAAACUCCCCGUCCUCCCCCUCGUAGCAAGGGCAAGAGCGUACCCAAAGGCAGGUCGAAGGGCAAAGAGACGGAGAAGCAGCAAGACUCCCCUCCAGCCAUUGUCUAUGACUACCAUGACGGUUCAUUACAUGAUUUGGCUUUACGGACCCACUUUCAACGCGGUUACGAGGAGUUUAAGCUUCGUCACGGGACUUUCAACUCAAUCUUAUCAAGGCUUGGCCAAGAAGCUCUAGAGCUACAGUUGGAACGAUUCUUCACCGUUUGGGCGUGGAAAUGGGACGUAGAGGACGACGACUUUGGGACUCACCUGGCAGGAAUAUCGCUACAUCCCUUGCACGCCAGGUUGACUCCUCUGCUAGAGGCAUUCGCGUCGACCCUCCCUGACGAGCUAAUCACUUUCGCUCUGUUGCCCCCUCACGUGAUACCCCCUCGUUCAGCACGAUACCCUGCCUCGUUGGUCCGUCACGUCUUGGCGCGGAUCCCUCCGCCCGCAACACCGAUUCCAACGAGCAAGCAGUCUGACCGUCCAUCCACGGUGGGAACCCCCCUCAGACAACGACCAGGCAGCCUACAGAUUGCGCCUACUGACGUUAAGUUGCCGCCAGCUCAGACGGAAUCGGGAUUUGCCUUUCCGCUACCUCCGAUGCCUAAUAUGCCUGCCAUGCCCAACAUGAACUUCAGCCUGGACAUGAAGAAUGUGAAGUGGGGUUGGCCAGGGUACUUGACCUUUGGCAAAGGUGCCGGAACUUCCAAAGGCCCAUCCACUCCGUCCGAGGCUUCCGGUGCUCCGGCAAGUCUUGCUGCUAUCGUAGAAGGACACAGUGAUCCACCCAAGGUGUCUACCACCGAUGACAACCCGCCACCAGACGUACUUCAGAAAGAUACGCUAGACGUAGAUACGACCUCGCAGCUCGGAGAGACGAGUAUACCAAUCAGCGUUAGCACAGGUGGCAACGUUGCACCCGUUGAUUCUGCUGACCCCUUGGAGGUGCAGGUAGAUGGUGUUCCGCAAAUCGCGUUUUCACCGCCUACAUCUGAAUCGGCCGAAAUGGCGAAACGCGACAUUGCUGCUCGCUCGAUUCGGCCAUUCCUCGAAUCCGUGGUGUAUCUGGGAGUGUCGGGAAACCCGACUGAGGUCGAAAAGCAUCGCCUCUUGCACCUGACAGUAAGUAGAACCGACUAUACGAUUGCGAUUGUGGCCAAAGUGGAUCAUUCGCUCGAUCUACACUACUUGGCGGAUCAUGUCGCGACAUUGAUUGAGGAAUUGCGGAACACCCUAGUGGAAGAGGCGCAGUACGUGUUUGCUAACCACAUCCCGUCGGCUACUGGGAUCCUACAGCCGAAGGACAAGCACAUCGUUUCGAUGGGCGAGUAUACGUCUCCCUCAUGCUCCGGACUGAUCUCUAGGUCAGAGCACUUGUACAACGGCCAAGAGCUUCUCCGAAGCGGGUUGGACAUACACGAAGUCUUUUCGCGUGGCCAAAAUCCGCAGCAUUGGCAUAUCGGGAAGCGUGGGCUGGGGACGACUACUGAUGGACGUCAGUUGGACGGAGAGGUGUACCUCGAGGUCGCGCGGAAAGAGACGACGUUAACGGAUGUAGACAACGAGCUCGCGGGGUUGAUAAGACGUUUUGCGGAGCAGGUAUGA